UUAAUGAUUCAGUCGUAUGUUACGUAAAGUAAGUUUUGUAUGCCGGAAUGUACUAUUCCAGUUUUUAAUAAAGUAAUUCAUUGAUAAUAGGCUCUUGCUAAAAGAUUAUACGUAAUUUUGACACGUUGUUUAUCACAAAACAUCAUAUUAUGUAAACCAAUGAAAUCAUUAUGUUUCAAUUGAAUUUAUUUAUCAAUUAUUAAUUGUUCGAUUGUUUCUUUUUAUCAAAGAUAAGAGUUUAUUAUGCAAGAUAUAGGACACAGUUCUUUGUUGAAGUUCUUCGUGAAAAAUACCAUGUCUGAGAAAAACAUUGAAUCGAAUGUACCAGGCGAGCAUAACAUCAGAGAAGUUAACGAAGAAUUCAAGGAAAAACAGACCAAUGACGAUAAAGCUCAAACGUCAAGCAUUGAUAAGCAAAAUGAUUCCUUAAGCAUAGGGAAUACGUCUGAAAUUGCAACAGCAGAUUUUACUCUAUCUCCAGUCAUAACGGUUACUAAGAACGAAGCGACAUUCACUAAAGGGGAUUUGAAGCUGCAAAAAGUCACCGUUACGGAGGACAUAUCGCAUAUAUCAACGAAUAAUGAAGGCGAAAACACAUUAAAUAGACGUUUAACUUAUGAAAUGCAUACUUCAAUAACACAACCAAAAAGUACAAAUGAUGGACCAAAAGAAGAUAAAACACCAGACUCUAACAGAUUAAAAUCCAAGAUACCUAUGUCAAGAUUAAGACAAGCCGUUAAUAAAGUUAAAAAUGAUAUCAAAGAAAAAAAGAGACUCGAAAAAGAAAAACAAAUUGCCAGUUCUUCACGUAAAUCAUCAAUCCCAAGACUGAAAGAUAGUAAAAUACCAUCAACUAAAGAUACUAUUAAAAAAGAAGAAACCACAGUGAGAGCAGAUGAAGAAUUCGAUAGAAUAUUCCAAGAAUUAAAUCCAAUUGAAGAUGCAUCUAUGGAGUUCAGCUUUGAGGAAAUAAUGCAUGCAUAUGAAGAUAAUAAAAUAACGCAAACAGACACAGACAAAAGACAAUCAAUGAUACCAUUAUUAAAAAGAAAAAGCGAACAUGAAAUCGAAAUACCAAAAACAAAAGAGAAACAAACAUUAAAAAAGAGUAAUUCCGUUGAUACCAAAAUAAAUACAACUUUAAAUCAAGGUAUUACAGGGAGGAUUGUAUCAGAACAAACAAAAAAUACUGAAAUAUAUAAAAUAGAAAAAGAAACUAAUAAAAUAACAAAUAACAAUACUAUAGUAUUCAAAAAUCAAACAUCAUUAUCAAACAUAGAUGUUCAAAAUCAAAUAAAAUCUAACCAAUUCAAAGAAACUAUAAAAAUCGCUACCCCUGUCUUUGAUAUCCAAACUACAGGAAGUACAAAUGAAGUAGAAGACUUAACUCAAGAUAUAACAAUCACUAAAAACCUUAAUUUCGAUAAAGAAACAGUCUCAAAGAUCUAUAAAAUCGAUUUCACUGAAAAUAAUUUCGAUUCUUUAGAUAUGACAAUAUUAAAUGAAUAUAAUGAAUCGAAAAACAUUACAAAAGAAAACUCACAAACUUUGAAAUCUACUAAAACAUUUGAAAGAGCUAAUUACGAAGAAAACCUUAAUAUUGAGUCAAUCAGCGAAAUUAAAGCAAAACAAACAACAGAAAAUAACAAUUUAAGUAAAUUAACAUUCGAACAAUCAUUAAAAACAAAAGAAACAAGUGAAAAUAUUGAAAUCGGUCGUGAAUCUUUAGUUCAACAAGUUUCAUUAGAAAAAAACGAAAUCACAGAGACAAAAGCUAUGAAUAUUAAUACAAAAACAUCAACAAUAUUUGUAGAAGAGACCAAUAAUUAUGUAACUGCAGAAAUUUCUAACCAAUCCGCUAAAAUAAACGAAAGACACGAAAAGCAAGAAUUACACGAUACCAAAACAAUUGAAUUUGAAACUAAUCAGAGUAUUGUCAGAGAAAUGUCACUUGAAGAAAAUAAAACAAUAAAUAAUUUGACUUUAGAAUCAACAAAAUCUUUAAAAACAGAUAAAGAAAAUAGUACAAAACAAACACUAUUAGAAAAGAGUAACAUUGAAACUAACAACGUUGGCACUUUAAGACAAGUUUCACUUGAAGACGAUGCUUUGAAAUCAAAAACUAAAAUUAUAAAUUCAGAAACAUUAAUACAAAAGACAUCUGAAAGAAAUGAAAGGGAAAAUCUUCAUAAAGUGAUGGAUAAAAUAGAAAACUUUGAAUAUAAAACAUCUACAUCAAACAGCUUAAGUAUACCUUCGAUAAAAUCGUUAGAAACAAAUGAAUCAUCAGACGAGAAACAAAAUGAAAUUCUAGAUAAAACCUCAUUUAAAGAUUCAAACGAAAAUUCAAAUAUAGAAAUGUCGAUAGAAUGUUUAAAAAACAAAAGAAGUAAAAGUACAAAACUUGAAGAACUGUCACGUAGAUAUGAAAAUAUCGAAUUUGAUAUCGUGAAAAAAGUAGAAGCAAAUAAAAAUAUAGAAAACAAAACCACAAUUGAUAGUAAUAAAAAUUAUACAGCAACAACUAAUAUGCGAAUAAUAGAAGAAAUUAGAAACAAGAACGACCAAUCAUCAAAUAAAGACAAUAUAAAAUCUAACAAAUCUGUUACAGUUUCAGCUAACAAACAUAAAGAAGAAACAGUAAACACGCAACACUCAACAAUAUCAACUGAGUACUUAAACACUAAAUCCAACCAACUAACUAUGAUAAAUACUAAUAUUACAGCUUCCAAUAAGUUAAACAAGACAGACUUACUUAGUAACUCCGCUGGUGCAUCAACCCAAAGUGGCUCUUGGCUUCCAACACAAGAGAUCGCCAAUGUCGCCUGUCUUGCGCCUUCUCCUGCCAGUCCAUCGCUUGUAGAUCCCGCAGAUCCAGCUCUACGGCGUCUCGCCAGCGGUACCUUGGCCGACCGAUGGAUCGACGGCCAGUCGGGGUUCAAGACAGAGACAAAUAACAUAAAAGAUAUAAGAAAAAGUUUAACAAACUUAAAUGUAAAAAAUACUGAGGAAAUAAACACAAUAUAUUCAGAUGUAUUUACAAAAAUGAAUUCACAAAAUAAACAUACAUUUGGAAUGAUAAAAGACGUUAAAGAGAUUAAUUCUAAAACCGAUAAAAACGAAAAUAAUAUUCCUGAAAUUGAUACAGCUAUGGAAGAAGAUAUACCAAUUCUUAAAGGGAAAGUAAACAGAGUUAUACGUAGGAUCAGUUCAAUAGAUAAUUCAAAGUCAGUAGAAAAAAGUUCUAAUGAUUUACCGAAGAAAAAAUCUGUUCUAUCUAAAAUUCAAAUGUUUGAGCGCGGUGAACCAGACGAAGUAUACCCGAAGACAAGAAUCACUAAAUUAGACUCUAAAACUACAAGAAUACCAAAUCCAAUUCGUCAAACGAGCAUUGAAUUAAGAAGACCUAAAAUUGUUAAAGAAAUAUACAAAGAAACAAUUGAAAGUAAAACGAAAUUGAUAGAAAAUACAUCAAAAGAAAUGCAAGAAGAAACAUCUAAUAUUGAAUUUGAAGAUGAAAGACAUUCAUAUAAUAACACGAAAUUGAACGACGAAUCAUAUAAAUAUUGUCAAACUGAUAACAAAUUAUUAAAAACUAAUUUUAAAGUUAAAGAUUUUACGACAGACGUAAGCAAUUCCGUGGAAAGUCAAUCAUUAAGCAAUUCAAAGGCACAUUCGUUUGUUAAACAAAAUAUAUCCCAAAUAUUGCAUAAGGAUAUAGAAACACAUAAGAGUGUAUCAAAUACAUACACGAAAAUAUACACGAAUAAUAAAUUAGAGAAAUCUUUAAUUACUAAAGAAUAUGAAAGCAAUAAUACUAAUAAAAACGAAACGAAUGACAUUAAUAAUGAUAAUUUAAUAUAUAAAGAGAACAAAGCAAAAUCUCUUGAAUAUAUAACACAAAAUUCAACAAUGAUAUCAUACGACAGAUUACAAAGUGACAUAAAAGAUGGAAGAACAGUUUUUGAUACGAGAAGAACAACAUCUGUAGCAGAAUUAGAGAUAGGAGGAGUUGUCAAGGGAAGAGUACACGAAAUGAUUACGAGAAUAAAUUCAAUGGAAAUACUUACACAAGGAAAAAAAGAUGUACAAAAAGAACAACCGAGAAAAAGUUCCGUUUCUGAAAAGAUUGCCUUAUUUGAGGGUAAACUUCCUCCAGUUAAAAUGGAGAAGAGAAAAGAAACAUAUAGAAUGAAGAACGAAACAGAAGUAAGCGUGGAAAAGACAGAAGAAGAAUAUACAAAGAAGAUAAUAGAAUUGAAACACGUGAAGAAUAAUUAUGAAUGUUUAAAUACGGAAUAUUUAGAGUUAAGAGAUAAUUCAGAGAUGCCCGUUAUAGCUUUAGGAACUGCAUUGUUGGACAAACGAUUGAUCAGACACGUGGUUGAAGCCGCCAUAGACAUGGGAUACCGCGCUAUAGACACAGCUUUUAUCUAUGGUAAUGAAAAGGAAAUAGGAGAAGCUAUUAAUAAUAAGAUAAACGAUGGAACUGUCAAAAGGGAGGAUUUGUAUAUAAUAUCAAAACUCUGGAGUACAUACCACCGUAAGGACCUCGUUGAGAAAGCUUGCAGACAGUCACUAAACAACAUGGGACUUGAAUACUUCGAUUUAUACUUAAUACACAAUCCAAUGUCACUAUUGGAAGGUUCAGACCCUCUACCAAAGAUAGCCAACGUACUCCAAUACUCCGUACAUGAUUAUAUGGACGCGUGGCAAGGUAUAGAAGACCUGAUUGUCAAAGGUUUGGUUCGCAGAGGCGGUGUUAGUAACUUCAACUCUGAGCAGGUUCACCGGAUUAUGGAAAAAGGACGGAUUAAGCCUGUUGUUAAUCAGGUGGAAUGUCAUCCGUACUUAAGUCAGGAGCGUCUGGGCGGUUUCUGCGAUGCAUACGGUAUGAGACUGAGUUGCUACGGUGUGUUGGGCUCUAAGGGCACUCCGGCGGAGCACAAAAGCGACCUGCCACCAGUCAUAGACGACCCCCUCGUUUUAGUCAUGUCUGCGGGUUUGGGGGUCACUCCUGGACAGAUGCUAAUCGCUUACCAACUUCACAACAGUAGAAGUGUGGUUAUAAAGGCGACCAGUGCUGCACAUUUAUACGACAAUUUGAAAGCCCAGUUCAUAUCUCUGGAAGAUUCACAUCUUACCGCAUUGAAGAGCCUUAAUAAAAACAAAAGGACUUAUUAUUUAAAAGGUUUGGGAGAAACACACAAGAACUAUCCUUUCUAUAUUGCUUUUUAAACAGACAGAUUAAAAAUUAUUUACAGUAAUUGACAUCAUUUUUUAAUCUAUGAAUUUAUA